GGAUUUAUUGAAUCUGUGUAUUGGAUUACAAACGAAACCAUAUUAAUAUAUCAAGAACUCAAUUGGCAAAUUCUUCUUGUGACCUAGAAAAAUCUUCAAUGAAAUCGCAAAAUAGGUGAUUUUUAACUGUGGACUUUUCACAACAUACAACAAUAAAAUGGGACUUUGUUACCGAUGGUCAAAAGGGCGUAUAUUAAUUAUAAAUAUAUGGUUAUGUUUUUUUAUAAUACAUAAUGUAAAUGCACAUGUUGCAUUAACAUUUCCACCAGCUAGAAAAUAUGAUCUCGAUUUUCUAGAUAAUUCUAGAACACCUCCACCAUGUGGUAUGCCAAAAGGUAAUACGAGAACAUCGCUUGUAGCAGGGUCACAAUUCAACGUUACAUGGCAUUUAGCAUAUCCACAUCGUGGUGGAUUCAAAUUACAAUUAUUAGAUCCAUUAGAAAGGCCAGUAUUGGAUUUAACACCAACAAUUAAAGGAUCUGAAUUUAUUGGAGACGAUGCAACAGCUCAAUCUUUUUCUGUAAAAUUACCAGAUAAUUAUACAUGCGAAGAUUGUACGAUCAGAUUACUACGAUUAGCAUCAGAAUGGGGUAAUAAUUAUCGAUUUUGGUCAUGUGCUGAUGUUGAUAUUGUUACACGUAAAAAGUACCAUGAAGAUUGUAGUAGUCAUGGAAGGUAUUUCGUGAAUGGAAAAUGUAAAUGUGAUCGAUUAUACUAUGGAAAUCGUUGUCAAUAUCGUGAUGAAUGUAUUGAAAAUGCUGACUGUGGUAAUCAUGGAACAUGUGUUGAUGUACAGGCCACAACAGCGCCUCGUAAACAUUGUUAUUGUCAAUUAGGAUGGUUUGGACCUGGUUGUGCUCAACGGUCUCCAGUGAAAUCAACAGAUAUUGAUUUUGAAGUGUACACAAUGAAACAAUUAAGCGAUAAUUUCAAAUUAUACUGGCGAAUAUUAAAAGAUCAAAACGAACUGGAAGUUGUAAUGGUUGUAAAUGGUACAAGCUAUGUAGGUUUAGGAUGGCGUCCACGAUCACUUACAAGUACAUGUAAAAAUUUCCCAAAAAUAUUUGACAAAGGUCAAAAUUCCACUGAACCAAACAGUGAACCGGAACCGAAUUCAGAGCCAGAACCUAAUAGUGAACCAGAACCAAACUCAGAACCCGAACCAAAAAGUGAACCGGAACCAAGUUCAGAACCCGAGCCAAACUCAGAACCCGAACCAAAGAGUGAACCAGAGCCAAAUUCAGAGCCUGAACCAAAAAGUGAACCAGAGCCAACAACAGAACCAGAGCCAAGUAGUGAACCAGAACCAAAAAGUGAACCAGAACCUGAAACUACUUCAAAACCAUACCAAACCACUAGCUCAUUACGUUUUGUACCACCACGAAAAACGUUAUUUUCACGAGAAGUCAAACGGGAUCGUGAUGAGGUUGUAUUUCCAUCAGAAGGAACUAUUGCUACAAGUGUCUCAUUUAAAGUUAGCACCAAACAAGGACGUCGUCGCAAGAGACAAGUUCAAAAGACAGAUCCUGUAGCGGAGCCAAGCACUGAACCAGAACCGUCGUCUGAACCUACAACAACUCCAGAACCACACAGCGAACCUAUUACAGAACCUAGUCCAAAAUCCGAGCCUGAACCUACAACAGAACCCGAACCGAAAUCCGAACCAACAUCCGAACCAGAACCCACAUCUGAACCAGAACCGAAAUCAGAACCUGAGCCUAGCUCUGAGCCUGAACCUAAAUCAGAGCCAGAGCCUAGCUCUGAACCUGAACCCACUACUGAACCAGAGCCUAGCUCUGAACCUGAACCAAAAUCUGAGCCAGAACCUAGUUCGGAACCUGAACCUAAAUCAGAACCAGAACCCAAUUCUGAACCGGAACCUAGUUCUGAACCUGAACCUAAAUCAGAACCAGAGCCAAGCUCAGAACCUGAACCCAAUAGUAACCCAGAACCUAAACCUGAACCAGAUUCUGUCAAAAAGUCUGCACCAAUUAAAGGAGCUAUUAAUUCAAAAUUAAAUAAAUACACACCAAAACAUGACUUUAAUCCAAUGGACUGUACCGAUAUGGUAAUUGGUAUGGCACGAGGUACAAAUAGUCGUAUUGGUGAUUUUUACACAAGAGAUCGUUCAACACCACGCCCGGAUAAUUUCUGGGGUGGUAAAAACGAAUUGAAGGCAGCACUUGGUUUUGAAAAAGAUGGUGUAACAACAAUUUUAUUCCGUAAAAGCUUAGAUAGUAAAGAGCCAACUGAUCAUUCAAUUGAAAAUGCAUUGAUGCAUGUGAUUUGGGCUAAAGGACAAGAACCUGGUCAAUAUAUACAUGUACCGAAAUCUGGUUUAGAAAAAGAACAUGCCACAGUUAAAGAUUUCUAUAAACCAGAUGAAUUGAAAUAUCAUGGUCAUGGCAGCCAACGAGGUCAAGUUGUUAUGAAUUUCUAUGAGGAAAAACAAAAAGAGCUAAACGAAAUUCAUGGAUUAGAUCGCAGUAAAUGUGGUGGACAAUGGAAACAACCGAAAACAUGUAAUCCAAAUAAAAAUAAUUGCGAAUAUUAUGCAGAAUGGAAUUACAUUCGAAAAACUGAUGAAAUUCGAUUUACUGUACAAACCACUAAUACAGAAACUUGGACAGGAAUUGGAUUUUCAAAAGAUCAACGUAUGUCUCAAACCGAUGCAAUUUUGGGAUGGGUUGAUAAAACUGGUCGAGCAUUUAUGAUGGAUACAUGGAUUAAUGGUUAUACACAACCAUCGUUAGAUAAUUCUCAAUCAAUUUAUAAUAUCAGUGGAAAAAUCGUAGAUGGUGCUACUAAUUUGUACUUUACAAGAAAACGUCAAUCCAACGAUAUUAAAGAUUUUUCAUUUACUGAUGACGAAUGUUUAUAUUUGAUGUUCCCAAUCAAAGGAGGAAUAUUCAAUAGCGUUAACAAGAAAAUUCGUAAACAUGAUGUUAUACCAGUUGUUUCAACCGAAAAAGUUUGCAUCAAAUCUUGUGGCGAAGAUGAUGGCGAAAUGUUCGUAUCAACAACAACAUUACCACCACAAUUGAUUUACAACGUUGCAGUAAAAAUUGUUAAAUUAGGUGAAAAUUUCCAUGCACCCAAACCCGGUACACAAGAAUUUGAUGAAUUGUCAAAUGUUAUCAAUAAUAAUUUUGAAAAUGUUGUUUCAAAAGUACCUGGUUACCGAAAAUUAAAUGUGGCAAACAUUGAAGAGGAAGGUAAUGAUGUAAUUGCAAAGAUGGAAUUACAUUUAGAUAAAGCCGUAUAUGAAAAAGGGCGAUCGUUGAAGAAUAACGAAGUAGAUGAAAGUGAUAAUAGUAUGGUAGAAAAUGUUUUAAAAACAUCAGUUAACUCUGGACAAGUUGGUGCUUUAAAAGUUGAUCCUGGUUUCUUUGUUUUUGAAUCAGCUAGUUUAACAUCCGAUAUCAAACCAGAAGGUGGCGAUAACACACAAAAGGGUUUCUUCGAUUUAUCCGAAGUGAAGUUAUACAUCGUGUUAGGAUGUAUUGCCGCCUUAGUGUUAGUUGCCAUUGUACAAGCUACAUGUACAAUCUAUAAAGCUACACGACAUUCAUCUCCAAAUCAUAAAAUUCAUUUAAUUCCAAAUUCAUCAUGGAAAGAUUAUUCAGCAGCAAAUACAAAUUAUGCGUUUGAUGCAUUCGAAAUCGAAGAAAAAGUCAAUAGUAACGGUAAUCAACAAAUGUCACGUGAUCAAGUGGAUGGUGGACGUGAAGAUGGCGGACGUCAUCAUAAUAAAAAAGGUGGUGAAAAUAAUGCACGUCAUGGUAAUGGUAAUCCGGAACAAUAUCAUUAUCGUGAAAAAAUUCAUGCUGCAACAUUAAUGCCUGGUGGUGUGUAUCCAUACCGUAACGAUACACGAUCCCUACAAAGGCCACGCUCUCAUGCUGGACCCGCCGCUGGUGGAUAUUAUCAUCCACAUGAACGUAGCACUUACUCAUUACCUAGACAACAAUCUUAUCACCAUAAUGGACCACGUCAUCCACACCAACAAGAUAUUGUACAACCAGACUUUUAUUUUAUGCCUUCCCAACGAAAGUACUCAGGUGAAGUGGUUAGAGUUUAUGUGGACUACAAUCAAUAGUUUUAGUGCUUAUUUUUAAUUUAAAUGUAUUUUUGUAUAUAUUAAGUAUUGAAGUUAUUUUUUUAUUAAACAUUUUUUGAAAAAUAAACGUAAAGUUUAUUUUAAGUAAGUCCAGCUUAGACUGUAAACGAUUUUAUUUAUUUAAUUUGACAUUAAUUAUUAUACGCCCAAAAUAAAAUUAGGCCGAAAUAUGAUAGAUACCGAAAAUAAAUUGCUAUGUGAGGAGGAAUAAUGAAAUAAUUAGUUAACAUGUUUCAAUAAAAAGUAAUUUUGCUUCAAUUGAGGAGUGUUCCAUACAUGAUCUUAGACCAUUAAAUACAUAGACUGAACAUCGCCUAUCUUUCCGUACAGUGAGAGGUGUGCAAACAAAUGAAGUAAUUGCUUGAGUCAGUUAGGAGCAUUUAUCAAAAAAAUACAUUUAUUAAAAGAAUUUAGGGACAUUUAUC